AUGAAAGCUCUCACAAUCAACAACAUCAACCCCCACGUCAAGGCUGCCAAGUACGCAGUGCGCGGCGAGCUCGCUGUCAAGAGUGAGGAGUACCGCGCUCGUCUGGCCAAGGGAGACAAGGGCGACCUUCCGUUCGACACCGUCAUCUCGGCUAAUAUCGGCAACCCACAACAACUUGACCAGAAGCCUCUUACCUUCUUCCGCCAGGUGGCCAGUUUGCUAGAGAACCCUCUGCUGCUGGAGCAUGAGGACGUGCUGAAGAACGGGCUGGGCUACAAGCAGGAUGUCAUCGACAGGGCGAGGAAGCUGCUCAAAGAUGUCGGAAGUGUUGGCGCAUACAGCCAGAGCCAGGGAGCACCGGCUGUCAGGGAGGAGGUUGCCAAAUACAUCGAGAGACGCGACGGCUUCCCGGCUGACCCAACGAACAUCUUCCUCAGCGGCGGCGCCUCCUCUGGGGUGAACGCGCUCCUCCACAUCAUUUGCGCGGACGAAAAGAGCGGUGUCCUCGUUCCGAUUCCCCAAUACCCGCUCUACACCGCCACACUUUCCGUCCUCAACGCCCAGGCUGUUCCAUACUAUCUUGACGAGUCGACGCACUGGGGAACCAGCCUGGAAGACAUCAAGACGGGCUAUGAGAAGGCUGUCGCGGAGGGCAUUGAUGUGCGCGCGAUCGUUGUCAUCAACCCCGGAAACCCGACGGGUGCCAGUUUGAGCGCGGAAGACAUUCGCAGUGUUCUGAAGUUCGCGGCGGAGAAGAAGUUGGUCGUGAUGGCCGACGAGGUCUACCAGACAAACGUGUUCAGCGGCAAGUUCAUCUCGUUCAAGAAAGCGCUGCGCGAAUUGCAGAAGGCGGAGCCUGGCAAGUACGACGAGCUGGAGCUUGCAUCCCUGCACUCCAUCUCCAAGGGUAUGGUAGGCGAAUGCGGCCACCGUGGCGGUUACUACGAGAUGGUCGGAUUCGAUCCCGAGGUCAAGGCCGAGGUUUACAAGUUUGUCUCCAUCCAACUAUGCGCGCCUGUCGUUGGUCAGUGCUUCGUCGAGAUGAUGGUCAACCCGCCCAAGGAGGGCGAGCCGAGCUAUCCCCUGUACAAGGAAGAGCACGACGGAAUCUACAAGAAUUACCAUGAACGCGCGUUGGCGCUCUUUGAGGCCUUCAAGAAAAUGGAGGGCGUCGAGUGCGCUUCUCCUGCCGGCUCGAUGUACCUGUUCCCCACCAUUAAGCUCCCGAAGAAGGCGAUCGAGCAGGCCGAGAAGGAAGGCCGCCAGGCAGACGAGUUCUAUGCUCUACGCAUGCUCGAUGCAACCGGUGUCUGCACCGUGCCUGGCUCCGGUUUCGGUCAGAAGGAGGGAACGUACCACUUCCGUACCACUUUCCUCGCACCGGGCACGGACUGGGUUGGUCGCAUUGUGGAGUUCCACCGUGCCGAGCCAUUCUUGUUCACUCACUUCGCAAAGCUUCAUUCUCUGUCUUCCUCUGACCGCAAACCUCUUGCUGAACCUUCCGCCAACAUCUUCAAGAUGAUGAGCCAACUAUUCACCGCGGUGGCCUUUGUUGCCGCGCUCACCACUCCUGCCACUGCCCAGCCCGGCGGAGGCGGACCUUGGGGCACCGGCACCACCACAUGGUCGGGCGCUCCGUCUGACUGGACCACAAGAUCGGACUGGUCGUCCUGGACCAGCGCAAACUCGGGUUGGAAGUCAGACUGGUCGUCGUGGGCUAGCGGCUGGGCAACCGACUCCAACGGCGACUACAAUCCUUCCGGCUGGAGCACCAAGACCAAGCCAUGGACGUCAUGGACGUCGGGCGGUCCCUUGACCACCGGCGGGCCCGGAGGCUUUGGCGGCUGGGGUCCCGGUAGCGGCGCGGGAGGCUGGGGAGGAGGCAGCAGCCACAGCGGCGGCCCCUUCGGCGGCGACCACCCGUGGGGCCCGUGGCAGUCGAGCGGCAACUGGACGACGGGCGCGUGGACCAAGUGGUGGGGAGGCUCUGCCUGCCCGGCCAGCACCUGGUCCGGAUGGACCAACGGCCCCUGGGGCACCAGCGCUCCCUGGACGACCUGGUCCGGCUGCACCGUCUCGACUACCGCAAGCUCGACCUACACGACGACUCCCGCGACCGGCACGCCCUCGGUGGCCACCUCGUACGGCAUCAAGGUCGCCGAGGCCACUGCAGGGCAAUCCAGCGGCUCCUCGGGCUCGGCGGCCUCGACGGGCAGCGCCAGCGCCGGCAGCGCCAGCAGCAGCUCUGGCUCGAGCAGCGCCGGUUCGACUGUGACGGUUGCGUUCAUCGGCACGAUGGCGGGAACCGCGUUCGUCGCCAUGUUGAUGCUGUAA